CCGGCCCUCCCACCAUCACGGGCUACGAGACAGGCGAAAUUUUGCUGGCAGGGGAGAGGCGCACCUUAACCUGCCGCGUCUCAGGAGGAAACCCGCGCCCCUGGGUCUUGUGGUACCGUGACGGGCGGCUGGUCGAUGACACCACCUCCGAGGACGCCGACGGGGUGUUCAACGCCUACGAGGUCUCGGUGACAGCUGAAGAAGGCGGCGCGGUGUACGAGUGUAGCGUGACCAAUGAUCUGCUGGAGACACCCUACACUGCUAAUGUCACGCUCACUGUGUACUACGCUCCCCGCACGGUGACAGUGUUGGGCCCCUCUCAGGUGGAGGACGGCGUCACCAUCAACCUCACCUGCUUCACCAGCGUCUCCAACCCCCCAGCCUCCUUGGCCUGGUCCGUGGCGGGCGAGAUGCGGGAGGCAAGCAAGGCCGUGGUGGCGCCGCAGGAGGACGGGGGCUGGGUGAGCACGUCGCACCUCACACACUACAAGGUGGACGGCGCGAACCUGUCGGCGGUGCAGGUGGAGUGUCGCGCCGUGAACCCAGCCAUCGACCACGUAGUGAAGAAACUUAAGAGCAUCACAAUAACGCAGCCUCCCGGACCACCGCGUUUCCUGGGUGAUCUGCGCCGGGAGGUCAUAGCAGGAACCACAUUAGAGGUCACCUGUUCGUCAGAAGGAGGAAGACCGCCCCCUUCGCUAAGGAUCUACAAGGCGGGCGAAGCUCUCCUGACGGACUUGCAGCGCUCGGGCAACACCACGAUGGGCCAGGCUCAGGUGCAGGUCACGCCGGGAGACAACGGGGCCGAGGUGACGUGCGAGGCCACAAACUCCCCUGACAGCGCCCCGCCCUCUGCCUCCUUCACCCUCAGCGUCCUGUUUGCGCCGUGGGACGUGGAGGUGUCAGUACGCCCAGCGUCGGUGCGAGAAGGCCACGAGGUCACACUCUCCUGCCAGUCCUCGCCCAGCCUGCCACGCUCCAACCUCACCUGGACCUUUGACGGAGUGCCCCUGCAUCCCCUGGCGGCGUCCUCUACCUCUCCUGGGGCACACGGCGGGGUGGUUACUAGGUCUGAGGUGCGGCUGCGACCCCAAGCGCGGGACAACGGGCGUGCUGUGGUGUGCACGGCGAUGAAUGGCCUGGACCAGCCCGUGCACGGCGAGGCGCGGCUAGACGUGACCCAUCCCCCCAUUUGGGUCGCGAAGCCCCCGGAGAAGGUAGACGUGUUUGAAGGGGCGGAGCUGAUCAUCACAGCCGAGGCAUUGUCUAACCCCGGCCCCGUCAGGUAUUCGUGACGCCGGCGUGAGAAGGAGCUGGAGGCGGGGCCGGAGGGAAAGCUUCACCUCGGCCUAGUCAGCAGGUCCUUCUCUGGCCGCUACUCCGUCAACGCCUCCAACAUGUUCGGCCACGUCACCGCCGACUU